GGGCGGCCGAGUUAGUGAAGGUUUACUGCGGUUCGUGUCAGCGACUCCAGCUGUUAGGAACGAGAACGGGCUGGUCGUAGGUCUUGUGGGAGGUGUCGCUGCCACAGUUACGUGCGUUCGCUGCGACUAUUGAGCGUUUCCACCCGGUGUGAACCAUAUUCUGUUUUUGAAUUACCAGUCCUCUGUGUUUCACCAGCUGUAUAAUGAAUCCCAGCAUGAAGCAGAAACAAGAACUCCAAGAGAAUGUAAAGAAUAGUCCUGUCCCAAGAAGAACUCUGAAGAUGAUCCAGCCUUCUGCAGCCGGAUCUCUUGUUGGAAGAGAAUAUGAGUCAGCCAAAGGCUUAUCCAAAAAGAAGCAUGGGAAUGGUCAGUUAACAUCUAAGACUUCCAGCUCUGGAGUAGUUCUGAACCCAGAAUAUAGUGAAAAUAUAAAUCUUGAAGGAGUCACCCAAGAAGCAUUUGAUCUUAUGGUUAAAGAAAAUCCAUCUUCUCAAUAUUGGAAAGAAGUGGCGGAACAACGGAGGAGGGCGCUCUAUGAAACACUUAAGGAAAAUGAGCAACUUCAUAAAGAAAUUGAACAAAAGGACAAUGAAAUUGCCCGCCUGAAAAAGGAGAAUAAAGAACUGGCAGAAGUAGCAGAACAUGUACAAUAUAUGGCAGAGGUGAUAGAGAGACUGAAAGAUGAAACUCAGGAUAACUUUGAAUCACUGGAUAGUCAGGAGUUUGAUUCUGAAGAGGAAACUAGUGAGGAUUCUGAAGUGGAAGACUCAGAAAUUGGCACAUGUGCUGAAGAAAUUGUAUCUUCCUCCACAGACGCAAAGCCAAGUGUAUGAAAUUUGUUAGUGUUUGACUUUUCAGAAAUACACUGCCAAAGUUUACCUCCACCCUGUAGCAGAAAGCAUAACUAUAUAAUACAAACUCUGGAAUCAGACUUCCUUGUUUGAAUCCUGGUACUCUAUUAUUGUAUCAAAAUACAAAUACUAUGUAUUUUUAAUCUAUGAUACUUUCUGUAAAUAGUAUUUUCUCCGUUGUCUGGCAUGACUUGUGUAUAUGAUAAAUAAACUUCAACCUCCUAACAAGAAGCAUUGUGUA